AUGACAGCGUCUACAGGCACACGGCCAUCCACUGGCCAAACAACAGCAGACGAUCAAUGGCUCUUCUCCAAGACCGACCUGGCGCUGACUCCGUCUGUGCUGCAAGCAGGGCUGGAUGCGAUUGAAGAGAAGCAACGACGCUUCAAGGGCGUGACCGCGAUUUAUCGGAUGGGCGAAUACAUGCGAUUGGCACAACAUGUGAUGAACACGGCCGCCAUCUACCUGCAUCGGUUCUACAUGCGCAAACCGCUCGAAUACGGGGUCGGCGCGAACAAGACGGGCUUCUCGCACUACGAAAUCGCCGCCACGUGCGUGUUUCUGGCGUGCAAGGUGGAAGAGUCGCACAGGAAGCUUCCCAGCAUCAUUGACGCAGCUAUGGCAUCGUUCGACAGAAGUGCAGCCGGGAAUGAAAGGUGGGCGGAGCGCACGUUCCGAGCGGAUCCGUCUAGCAAGGAAUUUGCUCGGUGGAGAGACAUCAUUUUGGUCUCGGAAGAGACAGUGCUAGAGACACUCUGCUUUGACCUGAUCGUCGAGCACCCGCACGAGAUUCUGGUCAAAGCAUGCAGUCGAUUGAACGUCGAUGCGCCUCUGGUACGCCUUGCAUGGACUAUUCUCAACGACAGCUUGAGGGAUGCGAUUUGCGUUAUGUUCGAGGCGCCGGUGCUGGCUGCAGGAGCCUUCUACCGAGCUUGUCAAAUGUCGCAGGUGGAUCCUUCGCAGUUUGUAGGAAAGUGGCCCAGCAAGGAGGGCGAAGAGACUCAAUGGCCAUGGGUGGAGAUCUUUGACGUUGACGAGGCAGAGGCUUUGGAAGCGGCAGAAGCGUUCGAGAAGGACGUGUACGAGUUUCACGAGCAGCACGGACAAGGAACAUAG